CUAAGAAAGAAAAAACAAAUUUUGCCAUGCAAUUAAACUUUUAAAAUAUUAAAGCAGACGCAAGUCCAUCUACUUUGCUUACAGGAGCAGGAAGAACACAAAAAUUAGUCCGGAUUCCAGAGUAGCGAGGAGACCAGCACAAUACUGGAGAGAUGGAAGAGAGAGAAGUUGUGGUGGGAUAUGCUCAUAUGCAUUGUCGCCGAUAUGGAACGAAGAAAGAGAUGGAAUAUCAGUUUCAGCGGCAAACUAACAAAUAAAAAACGAAAAUAAAAACUAACAAUUGAAAAUGAGGAAUUUACUAAAGAGACCUCCCGAUAUGCACGGGUUAGCGAGCAGAGGCUUACGUGUCAGACUCCUUUUUCUGACAUUGCCUUAUAAGUAUUGGUAGAUUUAAGAAAAUGAUUAAUAUUGGGAGUCGUGAGGACUGAGGACUUGAACAUGUGAUCUCAUGGACAAACCAGCUCUGAUAUCAUGUCAUAAACCAACUGGUCCAAUGACUCGAGUUGUUGGGAAGGUCCAUAUAUGGUACUUAACCACUUUCUUACAUAUCAUUUCAAUUUUAUCGCAUGUGUUUUGAGAAAAAAUGAUCCUCUCCUCUUAUUUGAUAGUCUAUGCAUUUAUAAUAGAAUUCAAUAUUGAACCAAAAAAGUUAGUGAUUUAUGCUUCAAAGGUUAAUCGUAAGGGCGGGAGAACGGUGACUCUGCUCUCCCUGGGAACCGGAGGGAUUCGAAAUAACCGUAGGCCUCUGGAGAAUGAGGAGCCCAGAGAUUAUGAGAAUCGAUGUGCUGUUCAGUGGCAUCGUGUCUCGGUUUACCCUGAGAGAUUGGGGGAUAUUGUCAUGAAGAAUAUUGUGCCCGGGGAUAAAACUGCAAGAGGACGAGAAAGAGCGUGCCAAGAGAUCCCCUUCCAAAUGCCGAUCCGUUUACAGAAGCGUCUCCAUGCAGUGGUGGACUGGGUGAUCUGAAGGCCUUUGUGGGAUAAUAUGCACCCAUCCUCGCCUCUGCCACCGUACGUUUCAGCAGUUUGCUGGCCGACGCCAUUGUGCGUCGCCGAUUCCGACUUUCCUUCACCCAUAAAAUUCUUUUUCCGGGGGCUUCUACCUCUCUUUUUGCAGGAUCUCAAAGGAGUUGCGGGCUGAGGUCCCCGGACCGGCGAAUCUUUCCGACGGAUGGCCACUUUUUCGGCGGCCGCAAUAAGCGCGACGGUUACAAUCUUUUGCAGUUGCUUCUCUCAUUCGUGGGCAGAUGGUUACAACUCCCAGUGGAUUUCAACCGUCCCAAGAUAAGUAUUUUUAAUUUCUCCCUAAUUCUUUUUUGUGUUCCGGUUUUCAUAAUUACCGUUUUCAUUUUUUUUCAUUUUCCUUAUCAUAAUUGCACGUUUGUUUAUUUUUUGAUUGAGUUUGCCACGUUCUAAACUUCUUUUCCUUGAGUUUUUUUAUUUAUCAAGUCUCUUAUCCUUUUUAUUUAGUUUCUAUUGUGUUUUUGGUCCCAUUUCCGUCGUUCUCUGAUUAUGGUUGGAAAUUAGGGAUGUGUUUAUCCCUUGCUUGUGGUUGCAUCCUGUUUUCUGCACUUUUUCACUUCUUGUUCUCUAUAACAAAUUAAAUGGCUUUCUCAAAGGAAUGGUUGCAUUUUCAGUAGGCAUUCUAGAUACACUUUUUAUUUGUGUUUUUAGACUCUGUUGUUGGUGGGAAUGGCUUUCCUGCUUGGUACAUUUAGUGGUCGGUUGGUUAAUCCUCGACGAGGAAGCGUUUUGCUUGAGAUUAUAGAUUUCUAUCUUUUGCGGCUAUGUGUUUGCUCAUUUUGCAGGUACAACUGCUAAUAGGGCUGCCCAUUUUGUGGCAUAACAGGCCCUUUCAUCGGAAGUUCGACUAUUUGUCGACUACCGCACGGUGUUUAUCUUUUGUUUUUUGACUCUGUAUUGGCUAGGGAUUUACCUAGCUACUGUCUAUGUUAAAAAAAAGGUUAAUUGUUAUGAAACAGUUGAUUACCGUUGUCGGAACAUUUGGUGCAUUAUGACAUUAAAUACAUAUAUGAUACACUAAUUUUGACUGAAUUUAUUAUUAACCAUAAACAAUUUCAAAAGAAUAUCAUCCAUCGCGAACAGUUCUAACAAAUCAUCCAAAAUGCCUCACAAAAUAUAUUUUUAUUACAUUGAAGUUACUAAUUAGGGUGGCAAUCAGUAAUGGACCAUGUAAUGCCGACAAGAAGAUUAAGAAACAAGAAAAUGAAGCAUAAAUAAAAUUAACAAUUCAGG